CUCCAAAGCCACCCUCCAAAGCUAUUCUUUCUUUUCCAUCAGUUUUGUUGAAAAGGUAAAGAGCUGGACUUAAAUAGGAAAUGCUAUUGAGAAUUGUUCUAUCCUAGACAAAAACGUCAGUGUAUCGACUCAGGAUCCUGCCGUUUAAGCGAAAUGAAGCCGGCAGUGUUGUUUGGCUUUUGUCUGGUGGUCGCUUUAGUUGUAGAAUCUUUUGGAGAAGAAAAUGACUAUCGAAUGCGCAAGGUAUUUUUCAAUUUUUUUAAUUAGGUUGUAAAUAUAUUUUUGUCUAUGAUGAGGUAGUAAAACUCGAAAAUUAAACGUAAAAAUAUACUUAAGCCCUAUGAGGGAAAAAUGCUCGGAAAAAGUUUUAUUCGAUAAAGAUUUCCAAAUUGGAAAAAAAAGUUGUCGGAAGACUCUCUGUUCUAGAUUGAAAUCUCUCAGAAUUUACACUGACGACACAAUGUUCUCACAUCACAGUGUAAGAAAAAGUGUAAAGUUGGAGAAUGCUGCAGGAUAGUCUGGUAUUGGUAUGAAUGCUUUCAACAGAGAGGACUGGGACAGCCUUGUCGCAAGAAGCCGCCUGCUGUGAGUUCACGUAUUUAUGUUCUUAUUAAACGAAAGACCUUUACAAUUUCCUCUAACCCUCAGCUACUAUCUUCACGAGUUGAAAAACAAAAACAACUAUUCCUAGCUUCUUUUUCAUGCUUUUUUGUUUCUUUGAUUGUGGCAACUAAUUAUAUAUAAGCAGGUUUGAUCAAGAAAACUUCGCUGACCAACCCGAGUAUAGCUGCUCCCAAGGGCUUCUUCCGGUUUUCUUGAAAUGUAAAUUUGAUAUUUAAGGCGUAAGACGAACAAAAGAGUAGCGACACCUUUCUUAGCCUAAGAGUUGAUUUUUGGCUUUCUUAUCCUCCCCGACUCAUACCAAUGUCCUCCGGUCUUUUGUCAGCAAAUUAAUGAUCAUUACAACAAAAGAAACAAACGAGCACAUAAUACUGGAAGAGGGUCUGAGGGAGAGGAGCAAUUCUUUUUAUGACGCAACGUACGCGUGUGGCUUAAAAUUGUUACAGGCUAGGGGCAAACAUAAUACGGUAAUGGUCAUCUGGGUUUGUUGACAACGGGGCCGAAUUUAAGAUAAGUUUUUGAGAUCUCCGUUACGAGGGUUCCCCAAAUCAAACAAAUUAAACAUGAAAUUGGCAACAGCGAUCACCUUUACGGCAAUAACUUUGAGUGUGCGUCAGUACAAAAUGUUGUUGACAUUGUAUCUUCUAUAAUAGUAUCUCUGUCACCACGGUUGUCGAGAUGGACUGGUGUGUAAACGUGUCGGCCGUCCCACCCCGGCAGGGGAAAGACAUCCUCAUCACCGCAGGCGCUUCAAAUGUGUCCGUCCACCUCCACCUACAGAGGAGCCUGGUUCUGGAGACCUUUACAUGUAGUCUUACAUAAUGUACUCACAUGAACGUCAGCCCAAUCGGGCACCUUGAACCAACUUUUGUUGUUCGGAAUCUGUCAAGAUAUUUAAUAAAGGG